AUGGCAAACAUCUCCAAGGUGUUUAAGAAGACCUACUCCAAUGGGAAGGUGAGAACCUGCCCCAGCUGAUCUUCCAUCUACCUGGGGAGACUGGACUUUGUGGACCAUGUAGACAUGGUAGAACCCACUAUCCUAGUUGACCCUGAUUACUUAAAAGGUCAAAAGAUGUUUGUCAUGUUGUCGUUUGACUUUUGCUACGGCCAUGAUGAUUUGGAUGUGAUUGAUCUGCUGUUCUGCAAAGAUCUGAAUAUACAGGCCCAGCAAGUGGUCCCGGCUGAGCCUUCCAACCUCCCAGAGCCUCUUGCACUCCUGCAGGAGUGAUUGCUGCACAAGCGGGGGGACAAUGCCUAUCGCUCCACCCUCCAGAUGGUUGUCAACCUGCCCUGUUUAGUGACACUGCAACCAGGUCCUGAAGACUCAAGAAAGGCCUGUGGGGUUGACUUUGAUGUGAAGAGUUUCUGUGCUGAAAACCUGGAGGAGAAAAUCCCCAAGAGGGACUCCAUGCGGCCGAUGGUCAGGAAAGUGCAGUUUGUGCCCCUUCGGUCAGCUCAGCCCCUGCAACUUCAGGCCUGGAUGGAUAGGGAAAUCUGUGACCCCCACUUUCUGCCUCUCUCUAUCAGUGUUUCUGUCAACAACUGAACCAAGAAGAUCAUAAAAACCCUGGAUUGUUUGGUUGUCCAGAUCACAGAUGUUGUCCUGUAUUCACCUAACAAGUACCCCAAGACUGUGUUCACUGAGGCUUUCACAUGAACUAUAGCUAUUAACUCCAGCUUCUCCCAGAGCUUUGCCUCACUCCUGGCUUCCAACUUUCAGAAACAGGGCCUGGCACUGGAUGGCAAGCUCAAGUAUAAACAUACCAAUCUGACCUCCAGCAUGCCUCUUCAACCUGGAAUUGACAAGGAGCUGCUGGGGAUCCUCGUGUCCUACAAAGUCAGAAUCAACCUGAUGGUGUACUGUGGAGGAUGCCACCAGGCUUCUGAGGGCAUAGUCAUCCAGGAGUCUAUGAGGCAGGAGCAUGGCGGGGAGGAGAGCCAGGAGACUUUGACAGUGGAGGGGGACGAGGGGAGCUGA